AUGCCGAAAGCGCUGAUCACUCCUUUACAGCAGCCUACUUCCUUCGAAUCGCUUUCGUCGUUUGACAUGAUGAGCUCGAGCCAGGAUACUUCCAACUUUGUUAAGUACCAUAAGGCGCUUAAGCUUUAUUUGGGUAUUUCCCAGGAUCAUCUAACUCCGAUUACCUCUUCGCGUGUCGCCAAGGCCAGGGAGAAGUUGGGACGUUUGACUGAGAUUCAAUUCUACGAUCUCAGCACUGACGUAUAUGAUGAACUGCAGAGACGAAUUAAUGAGACCAAUGAGAAACCAAAGCAUCUUCCUCCUCAAUCUACCUACCAUCCUAAGAGGAAUCAGGCUAGACAAAAGCUAUCCGCGUUACCUUCUCAAAGGUUCAAGGAUUUGGUUAACGAUGUGCUUUAUGAGGUCGAUAAGAGAAACCUGACGAGUAACCCGUCUCUGUAUCAGCAGCAGUCACAGCAGCAUAGUGAUAACUUGUAUGGCCAGAAACGACAUUCUCCAAACCUAAAUCAAUAUACACCUUCAUACCAACAGAAGUCUGUUCUAGAGCCAGAACACCGUCAAACGCAAGAAGAGCAACAACAGCAGCAACAACAGCAGCAGCAGCAGCAGCAAAAUCAACAACAGCAGCAACAGCAGCAACAACAGAAACAACAGCAACAACAACAACAGAAACAACAACAGCAGCAGCAAUGGCAACAACAGCAGCAACAAGAACAACAAGGAAGUGAGAAUGAUGAUAUCAAGACUCCCAUAAGAGAGGACUUUCCGGAGAAUGUUCUUAACACUCCCUCCCAACGGGAAAUCAAGGCUACGAAAGUUGUUCCCCAGCGUGCAGAAUUAACCUGGUCGAGUGAUGAAGAAGAUGACGGUAUGUCUAAUGCUAUAGAAGCAGUGAGAGGCGAACCUGGCCAGCCGUACAGCAAGGCAUCUGACAUCCCUAAGAAGAUAAACAAUGGAAUUAAACCAACAGGGGCUGUAAUUGCAGGUGAAUCAGUGAGCGUGGCAGCGGGUGCAGGGGCUAUAACAGCAACGAUUCCUAUGAUUUCCAAGUCCCAAUAUGACAAGGAGGAGUCCGAAUUGCAAGAGCAAAUCUCCGAAUUGAAGCAGAAAGUGGCAGAGUACGAUCAAAAGAAUCAGCAGUUAGAAGCCGAUGCUAAGCAGAAAGUGCUAGAGACCAGAAAAGAAGCCAGUAAUCAGGCUGAUAUUGCCACUGCUUUAAAAGACGAAUCCGCUAGGAAUGCAGAGCUUAGCAUCAUGUUAGAAAAGGCCGAACAGGCUAGGUCUCAGAUGGAGCAGGCCAACCAGGAAAGUCAUGAAAAGAUUGAUGAGUUGGAGAAAAAGGUGGCUGAUUUGUUAUCUGCUUCUAGAGAUAUUGACGAUGAAGAGAAUAACCAGUCUGAACGUGCUAAGCUACUAGAGGAUGAAGUGUCACAGCUAGAGAACAAAAACCUUCAGUUGAAAGAAUUUGAGCAGUCAUUCAAGGAUUUGCAACAGAAUCAUCAGAAACUUCAGAAGCAGCACGAGUCCUUGCAAAGGGACCAUGCCACUUUGAAGAAUACAAUGCAACUAUCUGUACCAUCUGUUGGAUCAUCUGCAGAGCCUGCCGACUGGCAGAAGAAAUACGAAAAACUCCGGUCAGAUCAGGUUUUGGAUUCUAUCCUGUCCAUGGAUACUUCAGAGAUGGAGAAUCUCUCUCAUUACUGCGAUGUAGAUGGUUCUGUUCCCUUGGAGGCUAUUGCAGACAUAUUUGCCAGCGUUGAGGGGCUACUAUCCUACGUUUCUGGAGAUGACAUUGUCACUGAAGGUCUUUUCCAUGGGGCAUCUGAGGUUGUCACGGCUGCGAAUAGUAUCAUCAAAGAAGCUGGCUCCACGGAUCCUACAUCUCCUGUUGGUGAAAAGACGCAACUCAUCAAGUCCGGUCUUUCGAAUUUGCUGACAUCUAUUCGGUAUUACGCGUUAUACAAAGAUGUAAUGCCAAAAUUGGUGAUUCAUGCUUCGAUCAAUGACGUCUAUUUUGCGGUGUGUGAUCUUGUGAGUUUAACAAGGAUCCAUGCCACUGGAGAUGGACUGAUUAACGCAAUCAAGAACAGUCGUUCUAGAGUGAGCAAGCAGCGUGGGAAGGAAGAGGAUCUAUUAAGGGAAUCCUCACUACAGGCUUCACCCAUGUCUGAUAUGAGGGGAUUACAACCAACUUCAAAACUUGACUACUAUGAUACUGGCGGCAGAGAUGAAAAUGAUGAAGACAAGAAUUUAAAAAUGGCCAUUGGUACGCCAAACUCUCUGCAUUAUAAUGAACCACCAAGGACACCAACGUAUGAGGAGACCAUAUCGCAAGUGAGACCAUUGAGAAUGGCACAAAAGCUCUCGUCAUCCCAGGAGAAUUUGACUUCAUCCAGUGAUAAUGAGGAAAAGGCUACGAGACCUCAUAAUUUCAGCAAUACGUUGAGUCCUAUCAUCGGUCCUAUUUCGGUGACAAAACCACACCAUGGAGAUAAGAAGGAGACCAAGGGAGAGUCUAAUAAGACUAAGAAGGAGACUCAAAAGCCAACUUCUCCUUACAAUACAUCAAAUGUGAGUGUGUCAUCAUUAGCUUCACGGUUCUCAGAGGAUGCGAGCAGCUCUCCAAAGAGCAUAAAGAAAGAUUUUGAAGGAAGUACAGGCAUCAGAAAGGAUAGUCAAGUAUUAAGCAAGCUCAAGAAGCAUUUCGAAGAGCCUUCAGAGGCAGAAAGGACGCCGAAACAAAACUCUGUGGGAGGCCCUUCGAGCACCUCUCCUUCACCUAUCAAGCUGCAUCACAAUAGUGGAGAUGUGGCGAAAGCGUUUAAUAAAUUUGGAGCGAAGAGAAGGAGUACAGAUAGUAUGAAAGAAGUUGAAGAGCAGCAGCAUACGGGCAAUUCAAUAGAUGAGAAAGUGAAGGAAAGUAGCGUGCAAAAAAAUGGUAAUUCGGAACCUACACAUGUUGAAUCCCUUGAGUCAGAUUCGAUGGAGUAUUUCAAGACUGCUGGUACGGCGAGCGGUGCAGGGCCUGAUGAUGGGGAGGUACCGGCCUCUGAGGAAAGUGCUGUAGACACUCUACGGCCCAAGCAAGAAAUUAUAGAAAACGAAGAGGCACAGCCUGCAGUGAUGGAUGGUGAAGAAGAAGAAGAGGAGGACUUUGUUUUUGAGAAUUUCAACACGCUAGAUCCGGACAACACUUUGAAAGAACUACUUUUAUAUUUAGAGCACCAAACGGUGGAAGUAAUUGCGGCUAUUCAGCAGUUACUCAAGUCAAUUAGAGAUCCAAAGGCUACUAGAGGGCUUUUGAGAAAUGCGGCAGAUCAGAUUAUCAGUGUGGUGAAACAGAUGUGCGAAGGUACUAAGACUUUGAUGAACCAAAGCCGGUACGCGGAUGCAAUGGGACAUGCCCGAUAUGUGGUUGAUGUUCUGGAUGAUUGCGUGACUCGGAUGGAUAAACUUUACGGGAAAAAUCUGAGUAAGGAUCGGGAUUACGCAGAUAAAGAUUUCAAGCAGAGAUCUGCAGGUAUAGCGUUUGACAUUGCCAGAAGUACUAAAGAGUUGGUGAAGACGGUGGAAGAGGGCAGUUUAAGGGACGAGAUCGCAGUAAUUGACUCGAGAUUAAAUGUGCCACAAGUCGCUUAG